AUGGCAAGAAACAUUAUGGCUGAUGAAUCAUCGGAACUAUACACUGCAAUCAGAGGUCUUCAGUUGUAUCGACGAGAAUGUCGCCGAACUAUUGCACAGAGAACAGGGCAAGGUAGAAGCAAUGGUACAACUGACAAUGGUGAAAUCUGUCUCUGUCAACAACCAGGUGAACAGUCUGAGAUAGACGAAAGAGAUCAUAUGAACAGCGUGGAAAUCAAUGAGCAAGACUAUGGACCAAAAAAGCUUUCGUCCAAUGAGCCGAGAUACAUUCGCUGUGACAUUAACACACCACCGGAGAAAAUCGAAAAACUUCUAACCGAAAUCUGGAAAGUUGAACGACCGAAAUUGCUUGUGGCAGUUAUCGGAGGCGCGAAGUAUUUUAAAAUGAGCGAAGGACUUGAAGAGAAAUUCUGUAGCAAAAUCAUCGAUGCAACACGACAGUCUGGUGCUUGGUUACUGACAAGUGGAUUCAAUGCAGGUGUCGUACAAAUGAUUGGUCGAACUUUGAAUAACAUGCAUUUAACAAGUCUAACACAGCAUAUCACUGCUAUUGCUGUAACGAAAUAUGGUUGCAUCAGAAAUAAUUCCGACAUAGUACAGAAAAUUGACCCUCAAGCGAAAGAAUAUGAAGAGAGUACUAGAAAAGGCAAACAUGAUCUUGAACCAAAUCAUAGUCACUAUAUUUUACUUGACGAUGGCACCAGACAUCAGUACCGUGGUAUACAAGAUCGUUUGUCUGUUUUCAUGAGAACUAUCUCCAAAGGGAAAAAUAUGGAAAGAGAUUCAAGUAGAAAUUUGAAUCGCAGUGGUCUGGAUACCUCAAAUCAAGUACCAGCUGUGACACUUCUUGUCGAAGGUGGAAAAGAUUCGAUCAUAAGCGUUUACCAUUCUCUCAAGAACAACAUUCCUGUGAUAAUUGUCAAGGGUAGUGGAAGAGCAGCUGAUUUUUUCGCGCGUUGGAUAUAUAUCCUUGAUAAAAAGGAAUCUUCUUCGAUGAAUAGCAAUCAACGUAAGAUCUUGCGUAUCGAUUCAGAUUCAGAUAGAAAGCAACUCGACGGCUUGGUCAAGCCAUAUGAAAAGAACAUGAGAGUGGAUUUAAGACGAACACUAACACAUCAUAGUGAAGAGCCAUGGCAAUGGGAUGAUCAAGAAAGAUUGAAGAAGAAUGUCGAUAAGAUUUGGUACAACGUUUUGUUUUGCCUACAACCUUCCAUGCGAUCCAAUCUCUUUCAAUUUCAUCUCGCUGCUAACGAUGAUCUUACCAAUACAUUGCUACGGACGAUAUAUCGAGUGCGCAGGAAAACAAUCGAUUCUGUGCAUUCUCAAAAUUCAGCAGAUAGAAAUGCAGUUGAUAAACGGAAUCUUGAUGUACAAAUGCUGAGAUUAGCGCUUCAAUGGAACUGUUUAGAAGUAGCAAAAGAUCUUAUUGUACGAGGAUCUAUUGAGAAUAUCAACCUAAAAGAACAAGCAGAUGAUCUACUGCUCACUCUAUCCAAUAAUUUACCGGCUUUCCUACACUAUUUCAUCACAUUGGGAUUGGCACUACCACGUCUUAUAUUUAGAGUCGAUUCGGAUGUACGUACAAUUACCAGUAGGACAUACAAUCAAAUAAUGAUAGCAAAACUUUAUUCACAAGAUGUUAUCGAAGAUUUUCACAAGAAAGGCGAAUGUUUACUCUAUGAUAUCAUGGACUUGAAUGGUCACUUUCGACAGCAGCUCUCGACGAAAGAUCUGAAUCAUGUUCUAAAUGAAUUAGUUGGAUAUUUCAUGGAGAAACUCUAUCCAGAGGAUGGAAAUACAGAUCAUGCUAUUACAAAUUCAGUCGGUGUCGACGUUGAAGUUGGUCAAUCGAACAGCAAUGAACUUUCGAAUUAUGCUAUCCGUGACCUUUUUAUUUGGUCGAUUUUGAUGAGUAAAAUCGACAUGGCAAAGAUGCUACUUGCGCAUAUAAAUCAUCGCAUAUGCGCUGCUCUUGUUGCUCGCAAAAUUCUAAUGACGUAUCGCACUCGAUAUGUGAAAUAUAGCGAUAGAAGUUCCGAGUACGAAGCAUUCAUGAACUACUUCGAGGAGUAUGCUAUCAAAUGCAUAACACAAUGUUACAAAAACAACUCCAACAAAGCUCGUAAACUAGUACUUCGAGAAUGCAAAAUGUUUGGCAACGUCACAUGUUUGCAAGUUGCUUUCCAUGCAAAGGCCAAACGUUUCAUCGAUCAUUCAUGCUGCGUACAGGCGAUUUCAAAUGUGUGGUAUCGUUCGAUUGAUAUCGAUAGAACUGGAGUUUGUUGGCUGCUAGUGCAUGUGUUCACCUUUGGUUUAACAACCAUAUUCACAAACAUCGCAUCACAAGCUACAGAAAACACAUAUGUACAAGCCAACGGUAUCAAUACCGAUGUGGAAAGCAAAUCUGCUUUGGAACCAUACGGUAUCACAUAUUCAGAUGCUCUAGAACGUCGACAGGUUCAAUCGAAAUCGUCAUGUAAACCUCUAAGCAUUAAUUUAGCUAACAUCUUGGAAUUUCAUCAAUGUCCCGUAGUAAAGUUUUCUUACGAUUGUAUUCAUUAUCUUCUAAUUGUUUUACUCUUUUCAUAUGUUCAACUUUUCCGGUUCGAUCCACUGACUAUGCAAACAUCAAGUAUCCAUUGGACUGAAAUACUUCUUGUUAUUCUGAUAUCCUGCAUGCUCAUCUCUGCCUUUCGUUUGUUCUUCGAACUGGACACAACGACCAAAUUUGCUACUAUAAAACACUAUCAUUCCCAUCCGGUGAAAACGUAUAGUUCAAUUUUAUCCUAUGUACUUUUCUAUACUGGCUUCGGACUUCGAUUUACAUUAACCGAACCACAAGGAAACUUCUUCUACGCAAGAAUUAUUAUGGGUUACAGUCUUCAACUUUGGUGGCUUCGAGCUUUGAAAUAUGUUGGCACUAUCGAGUUUUUUGGACCACCGAUUGUAGCAAUUGAAAAAAUGUUACACGAUUUAGUAUUUUUCGCUUGUCUAAUUAUUAUUGUAAUGUGUGGUUAUGGAACAGCAUCUCGAAGCAUCGCUUAUUAUGGCAAUAUCACUUUUACCGCUGACGAAAUAUCUCGCGAAAUAGCUUAUCCUGUUUAUUAUCUCUUAUAUGGCCAACUGGACAACGAGUUAAAAUAUCUUGAUAGUGCACCAGGUACAAAUUGGUCUGUAGCAGUUCAUAUUCUUCUUGCAUUCAAUAUGCUUUUCAUGGUUAUUCUUCUUCUGAACCUACUUAUUGCCAUGUUCAAUAAACGUUUUGAUAAAAUCUACGAUGAAGCAAUGAUCAUUUGGCAUUAUCAACAGUAUAAACUAGUUCGAGAUUACUUCGGUCGAGCAUGUCUACUCCCACCUGUUAGUCUCGUUAUCGACACAUACAAUUUGCUCGGCAUUUUCAUUGAUCGAAUGUUUGGCAGAAAAUAUUGUCCUGAAUGUUAUCGGAAGAAAAUAUUCAAAAUGAUUACCAAGAAUAGAGCGGUAAAAAAAUCGUGGGAUGCAUUCGAAGGAGCGUCAACUUAUGAAUAUGCAAAAGCAGAAGCACCGAUUGGAACAACAACGACGGCAGAGAAUAUGGCGGAUUCACAAGAAAUUCUCGACGAAAAGUUUCAUGAUUUGUUGAAAAGUGUUGAAGAUGAGCAAAAGACACUAAAAUCAUCGUUUGAUGAAUUUCAAACACUUGCCAAAUCAUCUCUGCAUGUUAUUGAAACCAAACUAGCGAAUGUGCAUGACUCAGAAAAAACUACGACGACCAAUUGA